AUGUCUCGUCGUCCUGAAGCUGCUCCUGGAACCAAGGUUUUUGUUGGUAACCUCUCAUGGGGAACUGACAACAACUCUCUCGCUGAUGCAUUCAGCCAAUUUGGUGAAGUUGUUGACUCUAUCGUUCUCAAGGAUCGUGAGACUGGCCGUUCCCGUGGAUUUGGCUUUGUCACCUUUUCUUCUCCCGAAUCUGCCAGUGCUGCUGUAGAUGCCAUGAACGGCCAAGACCUUAACGGACGCAACAUCCGUGUCAAUCUUGCCAACGAGCGUCCCGCUUACGGUGGUGGUGCCCAGGAAGGUGGCUUCAAUGGUGGUUAUUAA